ACUGCUUAGUCUCAAUUGUCAAAUCCAAUUUGGGUAAUGAAACCAGUGAAUAUUCUGCUCAUUUGCAGUUUCAUCAUAUUUGGGGGACUGUCUGCCUGUGUAGCUGCAGUGUCGUUGUAUGUGACUUGCUUUCUCAGAGAAGACAAUUCAUUUUAUUUCUCUAUAUCAUUGUGGCUAGUGUUUAUCAUAAGACAUUUGACCAUGUUUGCUCAUGUUCAUUCUGGUUUUCAUUAAAUUUACUAUGCAUUUAAUCUAAAGGAGCAACACUACAGUAUCAAAAUACUCAAUGCAGGUGAAAUUAAGCAUGGGUGAAUAUUUACCAAUGUAAGUGAGCAUACAACUAUAUAUUGACAUCAUCUGAAGAGUGGCUAAAACUGAAGCUGUUGGAUAAUGAAGGUCCCACAAACACCGGUGGUUCCCCUGCAGUGCGAGAGAUCAGCAAUGGGACUGAAGGCAGAGAGAGAGGGAGGGAGAGAGGCGAGUGUGCUGCUGCUGCUGCUGCUGCUGCAGAGAGACAUUUAGCCUGACUGAGAAGUUAAACAGCGCACAGCGACACGUCUGAUUCAUCCAGGCUGUAAUCCUGGUGUUAAAGCCAUGUUCUCAAAGCAGCUGCGGCCCCUUGCCUUUGGGAAGACAUUCAUUGUGGUAUUCAUCCUGAGUUUUGCCCUCUCAGUGACUUCUCUGCCUGCAGAUGUUGAAAAGGGAAGGAGAAAGGUGGUACAUGUGCUCGAGGAUGACAGUGGAGCAGUCAUUGUACAGACAGCUCCUGGCAAAGUGGUGACACAUCGUGGAGGCUCCAUCACUCUGCCCUGUAGAUACCACCAUGAGCCUGAGAACACAGAUCCUUCCCGCAUCCGCAUUAAAUGGACCAAAGUGACAGAUGCACUGCAGUUUGAGGAUGUGUUUGUGGCUCUUGGGAGGCAGCAGCGUGUGUUCGGAUCGUACAAAGGCCGUGUGUUUUUGGAGCAGGCAGGACCAGGUGACGCUUCAGUGAUCAUCCAAAAUGUCACACUGGAAGACUAUGGACGCUAUGAGUGUGAAGUCACUAAUGACAUGGAAGACGACACAGGAUUCGUCAACUUGGACCUAGAAGGAGUGGUGUUUCCCUACUACCCCCGUGAGGGGCGCUAUAAGCUUAACUACCACCAGGCAGAGGAUGCCUGCAAAAAACAGGAUGCCAUUCUGGCUUCCCAUUCUCAGCUGCACAAGGCCUGGCUGGAAGGACUAGACUGGUGUAAUGCAGGAUGGCUAGAGGAUGGCUCAGUCCAGUACCCUAUCGCUCACCCCAGAGAACAGUGUGGUCGCAAAGACACCCCUGCUGGCGUUCGUAACUAUGGCUACCGGCACUUGGAGGAUGAACACUAUGAUGGUUUCUGCUUCACUUCCAAGCUCAAUGGCAAAGUGUACUUCCUCAAACGCUUUAAGAAGGUGAACUAUGCUGAGGCGGUGAAGGCCUGUAUUCGAGAUGGCUCAGUGGUGGCAAAAGUGGGGCAGCUGUACGCCGCAUGGAAGUUCCAGCUUCUGGAUCGCUGCGAAGCUGGUUGGCUUGAGGACGGCAGCAUCCGUUAUCCCAUUGUUAACCCUCGGUCUCGCUGUGGAGGGGCCCAGCCAGGUGUCCGACACCUGGGCUUCCCUGAUAAAAAAUUUCGCCUGUAUGGGGUCUACUGUUUUCGCAAGAGCAAAGAUGAAUCAGCAGAUGGUGCUGCAAAGACAAACACCCUUAGUAAUAGUUUGACAAGCACAAAGAGCAGUAACAGAAUCCCAAUUAAUGCUACAAGGGUGAUUUAAAAUGGACAGACUAAGAGCAAUUUUAGAUUUGACUGCAACAGCUGUCUCCUAGCAGCCAGUCUCCAUUCAUCACUUCAAAAGAAAAACGCUCACAGACAAGAUGUUCUCAUUUACCAGAGAGAAGAAGGGCUGUGUAAAAUUAAGGGUGACAUCUUUAUUAGGGUGAUUUUCCUAUCGUCUCAACUCAGUCAAUCAUCUUAAGAAAUAAGUAUGUUAGCACAUCUGUCCCUGUAACAGCAAGAUUAAACAGAGGCUCUAUCUUCACUCAUGCACAAAUCAGAUCAGAGAGUCUGCCAUGAAUCUCCUUGUUUACAUGUUUGUGGAUAUUUUUUUUUUGGCUCCAGUCUGAGCCAGAUCCCAAGUUCCAGGCUGAAAGCAAACAUUACUGAGUGAGACAGGAUGAUGAGCCUGACUGUAUGGAGAAAUUCCAUCGUAAGUUUUGAUUGUACCAAGUUUAAUUGCCUGUAACUGGGUGUCAUGCUUGGUUAGCGACCCUUUGGCACAAUGUGAGUCGUUUUUCUCAUUACUGAAGACCUGGCAAUCUUUUCAUCAGAGCUUAACAGGCUGAGUAGUAUAUAUUGCACUGGCACUCAAAUAUUUGCACUUUAAAUACAUCAAGCUUCAUUUGAUAGCAUCUUAGCCUCAUCUUGGCUUAGUACAAAACAAGCAUGUACUGCUUGGCUAAGAGUAGUUGCUAAGGCUGAGAAAGGAGAGAAACAAAGCAACAAUAAAUGCUAUUUACCCAAUUUACUGCACCUUUAGGCUACCUGGGUCAUCAAUUGCACUAAAUGUUGAAUGUUACAAGCAGCAACCUUUAAUACAGAGAAUGUUUGUCAUUAAAAGUGUAUAAAAGAUGAACAAAUAAAGGUCUUCAAAUUGUU